CCCACUUUGCCCGUUUGGCAACGAUGUUUUUGGUUUUGGAGGGAAGUUGCGCGCCACCUAAUUUCAGGAGCCCCCGACACCAAAACCCCCCUGCUAGGCUGCUCGCCUGCUCCCAAUUCCCACCUCCAUUGCUUCAAACGCGGCGAGAUCGGAGGCCAAAGCCGCGGCCAAACAAGGCUGUCUGGGGUCUCAAACCGAAGGCCCAAGCGGCGCGCCUCGACACCCCGGCUCCCCUCCGCCCAAUCGCCUCCCGGCCCCCGCGCAGCGUGGCGCGUUAGGUCUCCGCCGCCUACCUCUGUAUGCAACAAGAAGCUGCCAGCAUCCACUCCACCACCUGCCCUCUAUCACCGUCAUUGUCUACUGCACGGAUCUUGAUGAAGACAAGUGAUAUACUUUGAUGUUAGAAUCCUCCACAAGAUUAAUAACCAAUCCCUCUUCGGUAGUUCAUUAGAAUGGAGUGCAACAAGGAAGAAGCUUCAAGAGCUAAGGAUUUAGCUUUGGUAAAGCUGCAAGAAGCAGACUAUGCUGGUGCUAAAAGGAUUGCCCUCAAGGCUCAAAAGCUUUUCUCUGGCCUUGAAAAUAUUUCUCAGCUGUUAACUGUUUGUGAAGUUCACUGCUGUGCUGCUAUUAAGAUCAACGGGGAGACUGACUGGUAUAGUGUCCUUCAAGUAGAAACAACUGCAGAUGACAUAUUACUCAAAAAACAGUACCGCAAACUUGCUCUCUUACUCCAUCCAGAUAAGAACAAGUUUGUGGGUGCUGAAGCUGCCUUUAAGCUAAUUGGAGAAGCUCACAUGAUACUGACAGACAAAGUAAAACGUUCACGUCAUGACUCAAAAAGGAACCCAGUUAUUCCAAAAUCUGCACCAAAGAAGCGUGGACGACCAUCAAAGGAAACUGAUUAUGUUGCUAAGAGGGCCAAUAAGGAAAAUACUGAUGCUGUAUAUUCAACUUUCUGGACCAUUUGCACCACUUGUGGAACCAAAUACCAGUACCCAUAUAGUUUGUUGAUGAAAGUUCUCUUGUGCCAGGUCUGCUCAAAGAGUUUCUUUGCUUAUGAUUUGUCUAAGAAACCGUUUGUCAGAGUGGAUGCAUCAAAUCCAUGGAGUGGAAUUGGGAUGCGACACAAAAUGUUUCCCAACCAACAACACAAUUACCAGAGUGUUCCUACUCAGCAAAAUCCUGUCACUGGUCGUCAAACUCCUGUCCCCGACCAGAAACAGCAACCUCGGAAUGUCUCUGGUAAGCAAACUCCAGGCAUUAACCAGCAACAACGAUCACAGAAAUUCCCUUUCAGUUCAAGGCCAAAGAAUGUGGUAAAUUCUCAUCCAUGGGGUGGAUUUGGUAGGCAACAGGAAAUGUGUCCUCUGAGUCAACCCACACAUGUAUCUGACCAAAAACCCUACUAUCAAAGGGCCCCUGGCCAGCAAAACCCUGUCAAUGGUCAUCAAACUCUUGUCACUGACCAUCAACAGCAUUCUCUGAAUACCCAGCAACAAUCUACAAACCCCCCUUGCAAUCCAGGAUCAAAGAAUGUAGUGAAUUCUCAAGGGGCAGCCUUCCAGAAUAGUAAUGCAACUGCAAACAGUAACCUUACGGAUGAAGCUGGGGCUUGUAAUAGAGAAAAGAUUACAAGGCCAUCAUUCAAUGAUGAAGAUAGAACUAAAUCACAGGUUGCAAAUUCUGAUAAAGUUCAUCUAGUAAACAAGCAAAUGAAGGGAAACAAGGUAGCUACAGGAUCCAGUCAUCCUGUUGCCAUAAAUGGUAGCCAAGUUGCUAGGAAAGAUGUUCUUACUGCCGCAUGUGCAGAUAAAACAUCUGGGCAGCAUCCUUGUAUAGCAAGCCAGCAGAGAAAUAGUGUCAUUGUUGAAGAUGGGUCUGAUGGUUGUGGAAAGGUUAGUGAUCAUCUUCCUAACUCUUCGACAAAGAAAAGGAUAAGAAAAGACCAUUCUUCCUAUACUGCUGGCAAAAGUGAUCAUACAACAGAAAAUGAAGUUGCUGAAGCAAACAGCCAACACAAAUAUAGUAUUCCAAGCAAAGAGAAGAUAACAAAUGAAAAAGAAGUGAUCAGUGGAUUAAAUCUUGAUGUGUUGCAAGGAACAAAAAGAAAACAACAAACAAGUUCUGGAAGUGGAAGUGAUGCUGCUGCUAAAUCUGUAAACCAUAGUAUUCCCUGCAAUGUUACAGUUUCAUGUCCAGAUCCAGACUUCUACGACUUUGAGAAAAAUAGGGAUGCAGAUCGAUUCACAGUUGAUCAGAUAUGGGCAGUUUAUGAUGAUCUUGAAGGCAUGCCAAGAUACUAUGCUCGAAUUAAGCAGGUCUACUCUCCAAACUUCAUGUUGCAGUUCACAUGGCUAGAGUAUGAUCCUUUGUGUGAUGCUGAGAAGGAAUGGUCUUCUAAGGAGCUGCCUGUUGCUUGUGGAAAUUUCAGAGUUGGAAGAACACUCUUGACUGAAGACACUAAGAUGUUUUCUCAUGUUGUCUCUUGGACAAAAGGAAGGAAGAGGAACAGAUAUGAGAUUUAUCCUAAGAAAGGCGAAGUCUGGGCACUUUUCAGGGGAUGGGACAUCAACUGGGUUUCAGAUUCCGACGAUCAUAGGCACCAUGAUUAUGAUAUUGUUGAAAUCACCUCAGACUUUGCUAUGGGUUUAGGCACUUAUGUGAUUCCCUUGGUAAAGAUCAAAGGUUUUGUCAGCUUAUUUGUUCGAUCAAGCAGUGAAGCACCAUUUCUGAUACCUAGUGGCAACACCCUUAGUUUCUCGCACAGCAUCCCUUUCCACAGGUUGGUGGAAAAUGGCAGGCAACAUAUCCCAACCGGUGCUCUUGAGCUGGACACUGCAUCACUACCUUCUGAUUUGGAGAAAGCGUUUACUCCUGUGAACCUCGACAACAGUUUUAUGAGCACCGGAAGUGGUAGCACUCCAUGCAAUGUUUCAUCUACUAGCUCCUGCGAAGUGCCGGUUGGAAAGACCGAACAGACUCAGGAUGGUACUGGUACAGGUGUGAAGGAUGGAGUCGAGAAGCUGAAUCAGAAUACAAAGGUCGAACAAGACAACGGCUCAGAAGCUUCAACGAUUGAUGACUGUGGCGAUGGGUGGAACGACAGCUCUCCGCCAGGAUCUCCAGCUGGGUUUCAUUACCCUGACACGGAGUUUUGCAGCUUCACUAGCCUGAGAUCAUUCGACAAGUUCAAGAAAGGGCAAGUUUGGGCACUGUACUGCGACACCGACAAGUUCCCAAAGUACUACGGUUUGGUAAAGAGCGUCGAUUCAGAAGACUGCACAGUCCACAUAAGGUGGCUGGAGCACUGUCCGCGCGAACAAGUGGAGGAGCACCUGGCACAAGACGGCCUGUCCAUUGGCUGUGGGUUAUUCGAAGUCAGCAGGCAGAGUGAGACCUACGACUGCACAGAAGUCUUCUCUCACAGUGUGGAGGUGACGGGUAAAGGGAAAAGAUAUGAGAUCCUUCCGUGUGCUGGCCAGGUGUGGGCUGUAUACAAGGACUGGAGCCGCACAUGGAGCUUCGAAGAUUACAGUAGAUGCGAGUAUCUUCUGGUCGAGGUCAUGGAGGUUUCUGAUGGUGAUAUAACAGUGUCGUGCCUUACUAAAGCGGAGGGCUUUAGCACUGUGUUCAUGCAAGAGCAGAACGGUAAAUCCAGGAGAAUAGCAAGGAGUGACUUGACUAUGUUCUCUCAUCAGGUUCCUGCCUACCGCUUGACAGACGAAACUGGCGAUCUUUGUGGUUACUGGGAGCUUGAUCCUGCGUCUUUACCGGAAGUUUUGCUGGUCAGGAAGACCAAGUGAAACAUUGUUGAGCUGAUAGAGAGGGGUUUUGGCACUGUGAAAAGUGAAGUUAUGCGCUGGUGACAAGGCUGUGGUACUGGAUUGUUGUUUAUUUUUGGCUAGUUGUACCUUGUUUCGUGUAAACAGGCUAGUCCAUUAGUUUGCUACCUGAUGCCACUAUGGCAAGCCUUUUGCUGGCUCGGUCUCGCUUUAGGCUACGUUUCAUCAUCUCACCUGUUUGUCUUUGCUACGUCCAUUGUGGACAUUUUUGGUGGGUAUACCAGUUGGUCGCGGCUGUCGUUCGCAGCUUACUAGUGUUUGCACAUGGCACGCCACCUCUUCCCACCAUCUCGCUUAAAAGCCGAGACAGUAAUUAAGCAGUCAAUCGACCCCAACAUCACACAUCCUAAUGGCGGUGGCGGUGGACGCGGUGGCGGCUCUCUUCUCGCUGGUCAUGGCCGUCGGGGCGCCGCUGUUCGACUCGCAGGUCGUGCUCCCGCUCAGCCUCUACCCGGCGCCGCUGGUGGACGUGUACCGGUGGUUCGUCGCCGAGUUCGACAACUACAUCGUGGCCGACCGGCCGCCGUUCUUCCGCGGCCUCGUCUGGCUCGACCUCGCCUUCCUCUGGCCGGUCAGCCUCGCCAACCUCUACGGCAUCCUCGCGCGCCGACGCUGGUCCGCCACCACCUCCCUCAUGGCCGGUGUCCACAUGCUCACCUACCUGUCCGCAAUGUUUGGGGAGAUGCUGGGUUCAGGGAGAGCAACGCCGAAGCUGCUCGGGUUGUACGUUCUGUUCCUUGUCUUUGCUGUAGCUUCAGUUGCGCGUGGCCUCUGCUCCCGCUCAGCACAGGCUACACCGGCGGCAGGUCCAUCGCCUGUACUUGCUGCUCCGAAGAAGAGGGUUUAGAUACCUGAUCAGGGCAUGUUUGAGAGUCUUGCAUUGGGUCCAAAACCUCUGAAAAUUACACAAUGUUCAAAAGUUUCCACGACAUGGACUGGAUUUUGCUAUUUGAAUGGCGGUCGACGUGCUAAAGACAUGUGCCUGGUUUGAGACGCCAAGUAGAAUGAGAUAUGGCAGUCUUCCCUCUU